UUGAAAUGAUAUUUCGUGUCCAAUGGCAGUGCAGAGAAUGUCAGAGACAAAAGGACAAUUGUGAACAGCUGUGACUAUCAACAGAUAUCGUGGGAUAAUUAUACUUCUGCUGUUUGUGAUUGCCGAUCGACAACCGAUCCUCAAGACAUUGCCAGUUGCCCCCUGACAGAGUUCAAGGACACGAACAUUUGGAAUAAACGAAGUUUUCUGGAUUCUCGAGAGAAGGCAAAAUAUUUUGAUAAAAGCCUGAGUGACCCAUUUCAUUCGACUGAGGACCUCUCCCAAUUCAUCGUUGAUACGAAAAGAAAAUAAAUCGAAUGACCGUUGUCAUUAUAAGUGAACAUACGAUCUGAUUUUUGGAGGAGCUAACAAAAUCCGAAAAUUGACAAUGAACACGCGUGAACUCAUUGAGAAAAUAACACGAUUACCAAGAAACAAUGACACAUCAUUGAUAAAGAUUUCUCCGAAUCCAAAUGCUAAUGCAGACCGCAAGGAUAAGGGUAUGCGUCGGCCUAGGCGAAUAAAAAAUGCCGACUUGGUGAGAUAUGACGAUUCGAUGUCACCAGAGGAACGCUCAGCAUAUUAUUCUAAUGACAGUUCAUUGGAUGAGACAUACAUUAGCAGCAUUAUUCGCGAGGCAUAUGGAGGGGAGGUGUCCUCGAACGUUGCCAUCGAGGACCUCAUCAGGACAAGACAGGCUGUCAGCUCUGACAGACCGAACUUUGCAAUAGACAAUUGGUCCGUCUCUUCUGACGAAGUCACACCAACUCACCAAAUUCCUCCUUUCCAACCGAAAGAGAGUUCACCCUCGGAGGCCUUCUCAUUCGUCAAAAAUGAUAACUGCGCCAGUGAAAAGGAGGAGUCCAAGCUGAGAAACUCAAAAUCCAGAAGGCAGAAGCGUGAAUAUUGUGAAAAACAAGCACACGAAGUUUUUUCAAAAAAUGUCCUGAUGCGACAUAUUCUACUGGAGAAACAAUUGGAGUCCAUGAACCUGGAAUCAUCGAGCAGUUCAACAUCUGGUAAGGAUCAUGAUUCAGAUUGUACGGGAAAUAGUUUCGAAUUUGUGGAAAUGCCAGAUGAGCCCGAUGUUUUACUACGCCCCGGAAUGAUGGAUAAAGGUAUCCCUCAGAGUAGAUCCGUUGAUGAUGGUUAUCGAUUUGCCCAUCAUGGUGUGAAAAAAACAAUAACACCAAGACGGUAUUUAAUGGACCACAUUGAUGAUAACGAUUUCGUUUUCAGAAAAUAAUUGUGAAUUUUGUCUCGUUAAUGAGCAUUGAAAAAUGCCAAUUAACGACAAUUUAGACUAAAUUAAAUGAAACUUUUAUGGUCUGUAAUAAUCAAUAGAUUUAUGUAAUAAGAGAAUUAACAAUCAAAUUUACAAUUGAUUAUUGUUCUACAUUAAGACCCUGUUUUAUCACCAUCCAAGACUGAUUGUAAUGUUUAGUAUUAAUGUGUUGAUUUUGUCAUGAAUUUUUGUCAAGUAACUCUGUCAUUUUUUUUUCUUUAUUUUACUCGUAGGUACUUGAUUAGCAGUGGACUUUUACACCAAUCACAAGCAUUCAUUCUUCGCACAGUUUAUUUAUAUUUCCAAUAAUGAUCUUUUUUAUUUAUCAGCAAACUACGUGAUGGAAUGAAUUAGUUUUUUUUACAUUGAAUGGAUGAAAACUACUUGAUAUCAUGUGUGAUCACAAGUAUGAAGUAUUGUACCAAUGAAUAUUGUGGAAUAAACAUGUAGAAGACAUGUAAAGCCAA